AUGGCGUUCUUAACAACUACGUCUCUAGUUCUGGCGUUUGGUACAUUUGUACUAUACGCACUCAGUCGCUUCUUCUCGAGCAAGAAUCUUCACGACCUUCCGCUCCCUCCUGGACCUAAAGGUCUCCCCUUACUUGGCAACAUCAAUGACUUACCGAAGCCUGGAAUUCUCGAGUGCCAUCAUUGGCUCCAGCACAAGGACCGUUAUGGCCCUAUAAGCUCGAUCACGGUACUUGGUCAGACAUUCAUCAUUGUCAACGAUGCAGAUGUAGCGGUAGAGCUACUGAGCAAUCGUGCCGCUACAUUUUCAGGCCGACCGCACAUGGUGUUUAGCGGAGACAUGAUCGGCUGGACAAGAACGUUGGCGAUGCACCAACCCAAUCAGACCUUCAAGCACCAUCGUCGCAACAUCGCUAGUGUAGCUAGUUCCAGCACCUCACUCAAGGUCUUUGAUCGCAUCCAGAAUGAAGAGGCUGCACACUUUUUGUUGAACGUACUGGACUCUCCGAAUGAACUUUUUGAACACAUCAAAAAGGAAGCAGGUGCUGUUAUCUUGAGAAUCACGUAUGGAUACACGCCAAACGCCAAGGGAAGAGAUCCGCUAGUGGAUAUGGCGGGCCAAACUAUGGCCGAGUUUGCAGAUUCGAGUGUACCAGGGAAAUGGUCCGUGGAUGUCUUGCCGUUUUUGCGAUUCCUUCCAGACUGGUGUCCAGGUACUAGCUUCAAGCGCACAGCUCGCCAGAUGGCGGAACAAUUGACCCGCACAGCCGAAGAGCCAUACGCAUUCGUCAAGACUCAGAUGCAAGACAAGGAAGCAAAGACGUCUUUUCUCUCUCAAGCCAUUGAAUCACUCGGAUCGGACGCCUCCAUGGAGUACAUCCAUAAAUGGUCCGCUGCAUCCAUGUACCUCGGCGGUGCCGAUACAACAGUCUCAUCGCUAAUGACAUUCUUCCUCGCCAUGGCUGUAUUUCCACAAGUCCAGAAAAAGGCUCAAGAGGAGUUGGACCGCGUACUCGGCGGAGAGAGACUCCCAAUCACCAGCGACAAAGCAAGCUUACCGUAUAUCGAGGCCGUGAUGAAGGAAACGCAUCGAUGGCAUCCGGUCGCCCCGAUGGCAAUACCACAUUGCUGUACCCAGGAAGAUAGCAUCAAAGGCUACAGGAUACCAAAGGGUGCAAUGAUCUUGCCUAACAACUGGUGGUUCACGCACGACCCUGCCAUCUAUCCAGACCCAAUGACCUUCCGCCCAGAACGCUACCUCGACGGCUCCACGCAGCCCGACCCACGCACAUGGACUUUUGGCUACGGGCGUCGUGUCUGUCCCGGUCGAUACGUUGCCGACAAUGCCCUCUUCACGACCAUUGCACAGUCGCUUGCUGUCUUCAACGUUGAAAAGCCAGUCGUGAAUGGGGAGAUUGUCGAGCCCAAAGUGGAAUUCGAAGCGGGUGUUGUUAGUCAUCCGAAGCCGUAUCGUGUGAGUAUCACACCGAGGAGUGAGAAGUGCAGGGAGUUGAUUAGGAGGGCUGAGGAGGUGUAUCCGUGGGGGGAGAGUGAUGCUGAGGCGUUGAAAGGGAUGAGAUAG